AUAAAUUGUUUGAAGUAGUUUACGCAUCCCUGUGGAUCGUUGCUGAAAAGGAAGCAGUGAAGACGAUAUCUUUUUACAGCUUAGCUAUACUGUGCAUUCAGUAAACUUCUUUUCAUAUGUAGAGUUCUGAAAACCUAAUUUAUACUGAUCACACAAUCGUAUGAUGUUUCUAGAUUGAAAAAUUGAAAAUACUUCUUAGAUCAAGAAUAUGACUAUCUUGUGUUAUCAUAUUGGCUUACAAUGGGUUGCACUUCUACUGGCUUUAAUUAUGAGCUCCACAUUUUUGAUAACGUAUUAUGUUUCGGUAUACAAAGGACACGUGAAUGCAGAGUUACCAUUCAUUAGUUCUACAGGUGCUUAUCCACCAGAAAGUUGUAUUUUUGCUGAAGGCUUAAAUUUGGCUGCUUUCUUGAGUUUAUUAUGCUCCUUUUUUUGGUAUUUAAUUGCAUUUGAGAGGACAACGUUUAUGGGCAUACAUCAACCAAAACGUCUACUUAAAUUUAUGCUUAUUCUAUCUUUCAUUGCUGCUAUCGGUUUAACUAUGGUUGGCAAUUUUCAACAAGUCAAUGUUGAAAUAGUACAUGAUAUUGGCGCUGGAAUGGCAUUUUAUGGUACAACUAUUUACAUUUUGUUAUCUGCAUAUGUAAGCAAACGGUACCUCACAGCACACUAUUGCAUAUGGGGAUUCAGAUUAUUACUCGGUAUUGGAUCUGCAAUAGCAACGGUUCUUUUCUCAUCUUGUCAUAUAUUCUCGCGAAUGCAUUAUAAGGGUACGCAAGAAGAGUCUUUAACCCAUCGACAUCCAGGACAAGGUGGAUUUCCAUUUUAUAUUUGUAGUACAGGUUCAGAAUGGAUUUCAGGAUUUUUCAAUUUAUGCUUUUUUGUUACAUGGGCGUAUGAAUUCCAGUAUUAUGCUGUGCAACUUCCAAAGAUUGUUCACAAAGCACCUCUGGAAGUUUCAGACAGUAUUCAUUCAAAAAAUUAAAGAUAACUUUGGAAUAGCUGAGAAGUUAUUUCUUCCAUUCACUUAUUUAACUGAUGCUAUGAAUUGAUGUCUUUACUAAAAAUUCACUCACAUUUUAACAUAUUAUACUGACAGUUGAAUUUAAUAAUGAUUUGGAAAUUUACUUUUUUUUCUAUGUCAUCAUUUUUAAUUACGAAAUCCAGAUAAUUGAAGAUUUUUGAAUAUUUUUAGUUAAAUUGUUUCCUAGGGCAUUGUUCAACUUGUUUUUAUAAGCAAAUGUCAUCCUUCUCACGGCAGGCCUGAUUGAACUCUGGGCUAUCUUUUUUAUCACAAAAUAUAUUGCAUCAAAUUUCUCAUUUCUAUAUUGUUUUAAUCGUUCAAUUAUGUCAACCAGUAGUAUUGUAUACUUUCGCACACUUUUAAAAUCAUUACAACCUAUCGCUUUACAAGUUGAUAGGCAAAUUAACAAGAAGAAGCACCACGGUGGAUGGUAACAGGCUCUCAAGCUUAUGACCAGAGAUCAAAUGAUUAGUCCGGAAAUACUUAGCACAAACUGCAGGUCGUUGCCGAAUAAAUUUGAUUACUUCGAGUCACUGUUGUCUACAAAUGUUUGUUGAAACACUGGUGUAAUAAUGCCACAGGAAACAUGGUUUCAUAACCUGUAUGAGGAUGGUUUAGUCUGCUUAUAUGGCUUCAAAUUAUUUUGACGAGAUCGAAGCUUUUCCAAGAAGAAAUGUGGUGGUGGUGUAGCAACAUUUAUAAAUGCAAACUGGUCCUCCUCCAACAGUGUAUGCUACUGCUUCUCUAACGAAAAAAU